AUGAAGAGAGAUGUUUGGGUGAAUUUGGAGAACUUACUACUGAAUGAGUGCGUGAGAUCUUUCUGCAAGGCUGGGAAUUUGAAGCGAGCGGAGACGGUGAUUAUCGAUGGGAUUAGACUGGGAGUUCUCCCGGAUGUGGUUACUUUCAAUACCUUAAUCAAUGGCUACGGUCGUCUAGUUAGCAUCGAGGCUGCCUAUGCUGUUCUGGGUAGAAUGGAAGAAGCCGGGAUGGAACCCGAUGUGGUGUCUUACAAUUCUUUGAUUGCGUGUGCUGCCAGGCGGCGCUUGUUCGACAAUGCAUUCCAACUGUUCGACGAGAUGCUUGAGAGAAACGUAACCCCGGAUGUUUGGAGCUUCAACACUUUGAUGCACUGUUUCUUUGAGCUGAGGCAGCCGGUUGAAGCUUAUCAGAUGUUGAACAAUAUCAAUUCACUAGGUAUGACACCCGUUCCUGCUACUUAUAACAUUUUGAUUAAUGGUCUCUGCAAGAAUGGGUAUGCUAGUAAGGCACUUGGUCUGUUCCGGUACUUGAAGGAACAUGGGUUUGAUCCCGAUGUGGUUACUUAUAAUGUUCUCAUUGAUGGGUUGUGUAAAGCUGGGAAAUUGGGUGCUGCUAGAAGGGCCCUCCGGGAAUGCGAGGCUUCUGGACAAGUUGCCAAUGCUGUAACUUAUACUACGAUGAUGAAAUGUUGGUUUAAGUCUAAAAAAUUGAAUCAAGGACUUAGGGUGUUGGACGAGAUGAGAAGUAAAGGGUACACUUAUGACGGGUUUGGGUAUUGUACAGCACUUGGAGCUCUGCUCAAGCUUGGUAGAAUUGAACAAGCAGCUUCAUUCAGAGAAGAGAUGAUAACGAAUGGUAUUGAGCUUGAUUUAGUGUCAUACAAUACGCUAAUGAAUCUCUCAUGUAAAGAAGGAAAGUUGGAUGAAGCUGAUAAUUGGAUUGAUGAAAUGGGGAAAAAAGGUUUGGAAUUUGAUAAUUACACAAAUACCAUAAUUGUGGAUGGAUUGCGUAAGGCUGGCAACAUUGAGGCGGCUCGACAACACUUGAUGACUAUGAGUAUCAGCGGUGUUGAUUCCACCUCUGCUGCCACAAACUCUGUUAUUGACGGCUUAGGUAAAGCUGGCAAGUUUGAUCUUGCCUGGAGAAUGACUGAGUCGAUGGAGGGGAGAGAUUCAUUUACGUACUCGUCAUUGGUUUACAACCUUUCCAAGGCUGGAAGGCUGGGCUGUGCAAAAGAGCUAUUGCUCUCUUGUGCAAGAGAAGGGAUUAGAAUACUCCCCGCAGCUAAGCAAGCUGUUCUCAAUGGCCUCCAGCGUGCUGGUUUUGAAGCAGAUGCAAGGAAGCUUAGGAAGGCAAUUCGUUAUUUUCAGAUGAUAAAAUAA